GAACUAAGUAGGAGUUGUAUGCAUAAAUCAGCCUUUUCAACUCCUUCACCCAAAGAUCUGAGAAAUAUGUCACCUCUGCAGCGUUCAGCUUCCUUGAGAAUUAGACGCAGUACAUUUGAUACAGUGCCAGAUCAAGAUGUUCAACAAAAUGGAUUACACCGCACUGAGUCAUAUAAUCCAUUAUUGGUAUCGUCAAUCUACCAACUAUCACUACAGUUAAAAUCUCAACUAGAUAAAACAGUAGAGAAACUUAAAGAUGAAGAUAAAAUCUCAGUCACACCAUCACCUAUUGAUGAUUUCCUUGAAGAACCAGAAAAAAGUCAAUUCCCAGCCUGGAAAACAGCUAAUAAUGAACUCAUUAGCAUCUUGAAGAAUCUAAGAAGAAUCAAGCAUCAAAUGCAAGCUGUUGAUUCUGUGUUAUUUCCUACUACUAGUGACCACACCUUGGAUCAAAUUCAUCGCUUAAGUCUAGAGAUAACAGAGUUUCAUCCUAUUGGUCAUGAAGAAGAUUUUAGUGAUGAAGGUUCACCUGAUUUAAUGGAAGAAUUUUACUAG